CCUCCCCCCGCCUGUCCUGACAGCUAUAAACGGAUCAGCGUCUCUCUGCAGCCUCUCAGCUCCUGCAGCCCAACCUGACACCGACCAGCUCUCAGCUUUAGCAGACCGGUGACUUCACCCAACUGUGGUCAUCAUGGGAAAAGAGAAGCUUCAUAUCAACAUCGUGGUGAUCGGCCAUGUGGACUCUGGCAAGUCCACCACUACAGGACACCUCAUCUACAAGUGCGGAGGCAUUGACAAGAGAACUAUUGAGAAGUUUGAGAAGGAAGCCGCUGAGAUGGGAAAAGGUUCAUUUAAGUACGCCUGGGUGCUUGACAAGCUGAAGGCAGAGAGGGAGCGUGGCAUUACUAUUGACAUCUCUCUUUGGAAGUUUGAGACCAGCAAGUACUAUGUUACCAUCAUAGAUGCUCCAGGUCACAGGGAUUUCAUCAAGAACAUGAUCACUGGUACUUCCCAGGCCGACUGUGCAGUGCUGAUCGUAGCAGCAGGUGUGGGAGAGUUCGAAGCGGGCAUUUCCAAGAAUGGUCAAACUCGAGAGCACGCUCUAUUGGCUUACACGCUCGGAGUGAAGCAGCUCAUCGUGGGGAUCAACAAGAUGGACUCAACCGAGCCAAACUACAGCCAGAAGCGGUACGAGGAGAUUGUGAAGGAAGUGAGCACCUAUAUCAAGAAGAUUGGCUACAACCCAGACACUGUCGCCUUUGUGCCCAUCUCGGGUUGGAAUGGAGACAAUAUGCUUGAGCCGAGCCCAAACAUGACAUGGUUUAAGGGAUGGAAGAUUAAUAGGAAGGAAGGUAGUGCAUCAGGGACCACACUACUAGAGGCCCUGGAUGCUAUUCAGCCCCCAACCCGUCCGACGGACAAACCUCUACGUCUUCCACUGCAGGAUGUCUACAAAAUUGGAGGUAUUGGAACUGUGCCUGUAGGUCGAGUGGAAACGGGAAUACUAAAGCCUGGCAUGGUGGUGACAUUUGCGCCUGUUAACGUGACCACUGAGGUAAAAUCCGUGGAGAUGCACCAUGAGGCACUGUCGGAGGCCCUACCAGGCGACAACGUGGGCUUCAAUGUGAAGAAUGUGUCGGUGAAGGACAUUCGUCGUGGCAACGUGGCUGGAGAUAGCAAGAAUGAUCCUCCGCAGGAAGCUGCCAACUUCACAGCUCAGGUGAUCAUCCUCAACCAUCCUGGCCAGAUCAGUGCUGGUUAUGCUCCUGUGUUGGACUGCCACACUGCCCAUAUUGCCUGCAAGUUUGCAGAGCUUAAAGAAAAGAUUGACCGCCGCUCUGGCAAGAAGCUGGAGGACAACCCUAAAUCUCUCAAAUCUGGAGAUGCUGCCAUCGUUGAUAUGAUUCCUGGCAAACCAAUGUGUGUUGAGAGCUUCUCUGAGUAUCCUCCAUUGGGCCGUUUUGCGGUGCGUGAUAUGCGUCAGACCGUGGCUGUAGGAGUGAUAAAGGGCGUGGAGAAGAAAUUAUCUACCACCGGUAAAAUCACCAAGUCUGCCCAGAAGGCCCAGAGGAACAAAUGAAUGUUGUGCUGCUCUGCCGACCAAACGGUCUCCCAAGGCAGGACGUCCCGCAUCCAACUCCAUCUUACGAUUGGCCACUUCAACUUAAUAAUCAAAGACUGGUUGAUCAUCACAAUGCAUCGCAAAAGCAUUCGAAGGAAAAAAAAAAAAAAGUUUGAUCUUUGAAUCAACAUAUUGCCGCAAUCCAUCUCUGUGCUCAGACUACCGUCCCGUCACAUGCGGUAACAAGAAGUUAAAACAUAAACGGUAUUCAUUGUGAGCUGUCGUUUGAGUUCAUGGUAAUACCUUUCUGUGACUGAACAAUAUAGACUUCCACUGUAAAUCUUACCAUUCCUUACCAUUGAUACCUCUGUAGGUCCUCAGUCUAUGUGUGUUUCUGCUUCAAGUGGUGGCACCUACAUGCUGCUCUAUAUCUACCAGUGGUGAGAGUUUAAACAAGUUAGUUAGAACUGUUCUUCUCAGUCGUGUAUCAGUGGAACAUCUGUUGUAUUUAAGCUUUAAACGCCACUUAUAAAAGGUUUGAUUUUUGUAAAGUUCCUUGUGAAGGAACUCAAAGCAUUUGUCUCCUGAAGCACUUUGAUUGAUAAUUUUGCACUUUCACUGAAGAAUACUGAAUUUGGCAUAAGCUACUGCACCUUAUUGUGAGAUGGCACCAGCCUCUUAGCAACAUUAAACAUCU